AUUGAAUUAGUGAUUACACCAAGUUAAAAGUCAAGUAAUAUAUAGUCUAUGGCAGGGAAUCCGUUGAAGAGGAAGAACAUGAAAAUUGGUGUUGCUUUGCCAGGGACAAAAAAUGGCCUAAUUUAUUACCAAGCUGAACAAGAUCGACUUCCACCGCCUUCUAAACCGCGCAUGUCUGCCGUCGCCACCGGAGAAGAUGAAUAGCUAUUACUCUUGUACACGCUAUAAUUCAUAUAGCAAGAAAAGAAAAUUUGUUCAUGAAGAAAUUGAACAAGAACAAACCCUAAAAAGCUGCAUUGUUAGACGGAACUCUAAGUCUUCAAGCUCAAUUCAAUCUUAUUCUUCGUACCAGAGGCAGAAACAUACCAAGCAGAAAAGCAGGACUCAUCAUAGUUAUCGCAAAUGGAGUUAUUCGGAUUAUGAUUCCUCUGCUGGUGGAGAUAAGCUGGUACUUGUAUCAUACAAUGUUUUAGGAGUUGAAAAUGCAUCAAGACAUCCUGAUUUAUAUUAUAAUGUUCCACUCAAGUACCUGAAUUGGGACCAUCGUAAAUUAGCUAUAUACAAGGAGUUAGCACAGUAUGAUCCUAGCAUUGUUUGUUUUCAGGAAGUUGAUCGUUUUAAUGACUUACAUGAUGCCCUAAAACAGGAUGGGUUUGAAGGUAUUUUAAAGGCUCGGACAGGUGAUGCUCAGGAUGGAUGUGCAAUAUUUUGGAAACAUAAACGAUUUAAACUUAUGCACGAGGAAAGCAUUGAAUUUCAGAGCUUUGGCUUGCGUAACAAUGUUGCUCAGUUUUGUGUUUUAAAGAUGAAUGAUGAUGGAUUGAAUUCUGAUCGACAAAUGUCAAAUCCUACAACUUUGUUGGUUGGAAAUAUACACGUUCUUUUCAACCCAAAUCGAGGAGACAUCAAGCUAGGGCAGGUACGCCUGUUCCUGGAGAGGGCACAUAUAUUAUCUAAAAAAUGGGGUGGAAUACCUAUUGUCCUUGCUGGCGACUUUAACAGUGUGCCUCAGAGUGCUGUAUAUCAGUAUAUAUCCUCUGCAAAGUUACAUAUCUUGGAACAUGACCGGAAAAGAGUUUCUCAAAAGAUGCCUCUGUAUCACACUUGUUAUACCAAGUCGCCAUUCAGACGGAAGUCCUUUACAUGUAGAUGGAGAGAUGAGGAAGUGAAGCUUGCCACUGGAAAUGAGAAAGCCACUUGUCUGCAGCACAACUUAAAUCUCCGCAGUGCGUAUGUUGGUGUUCCAGGGAACGUCACAUUAAGAGAUAAUAUGGGAGAACCCUUGACAACAUCAUGCCACUCGAAGUUCAUGGGAACUGUGGAUUAUAUAUGGCACACUGAACAGCUUGUUCCUGUGAGAGUCCUUGAGACAAUAUCUGGAAAUGCAUUGGACAAAAUGGGUGGGCUCCCCAGUAAGAAUUGGGGCAGUGACCAUGUAGCAUUAGCAUGCGAAUUUGCUUUUGCCAACCGUGAAGCUUAAAAUUUGUCUAAUAUCGUUACACUUCCUGAUAUGAUUUGCAAGUAUGGUGUACAACGCAUUAUAGCUUGCUUCCAUGGACAAUUUCAAGUGUUUCGAUCUUAUUCAUGAAACCUUGAACGUAAGUAUCGAUGAAAUCUGUCGUUCAGUUCCUAGGCGCUCAAAAUGUGGCGACAGAAUUGUAAGAGAAUAGAAGAAACUGAGGAUAAGGAUGAGCAAGUCAGAAAUCCAUGUCACAGCACAGGCAGAUGAAUACAUCAAAGGAAAGCCAAGAACAUCGAGAGUGAAUCAUCAGGAAGUCUGUUGAUUGAAACGAGCUGAUUUUACACUGUUUAUUCUGUUUUCAACUGACGUUUUAGAGGAACUAUAAGUUGAGCGAAUGCUAGCAUGUAUGUUGAACAUUAUGUUUUAAGCUUAUAUGUAAACUAAAUUCAUGAGUUAUCGUCACUAAUUGGCUAGCCAUGAAAUAUCCUUUUUUGUAUUUGAAAUUUAAUAAAUCAAGAUAAAUUGACAUGGGUAGUUCUGAUUACAAUUUGUUUAUGUUUUACUGCUUUUUUGAAUUUUGGUGGAGAGGAGAAUCUGCUACU